AUGAAGGACCAGGUGGACUUUGGUAAAUGGUGCUACGUCGUCCGGAGCAAAGGUGUGUUGCAGUGCAUUGUGGGUAGAGGCCUCCUCCUCCUCCAUGGUUACAGCUCCUCCUCCUCCUCCUCCCCUCCUCCUCCUUCCUGUGACUCCAUGUUGGCGUUCUCCUCCUCCGUCUCCUCCUCGUCUGAAGGGAACGGAAACAUCCACCGCAGAUCUCUGUCGCCCUGGAGCUGGAGGUCCACCACGGACAGGAACCGGAUCCCCUCCACGCUCUGGGAGGCCGAGUGCAGCAGCAGCUCCUGCUCCAGUCCCAACAAGCAGAAGGACCGACACAGCCUGAACUCCGUCCCCGUCCAUCAGAACGUCCUGGUGCUGACCCGGACGCCCGGGGGACGCUGCUACACUGCCUCGUACCAGUCCCUGGUUGUGGGCUGCACCUGCGUCAGGGCCAAAACCCACCAAAGCUGAACCAGAACCUGAAGCCCCCUGAACCUGAACUACUUGAAUCUGAACCAACAUAACCAGAAUCAUGUGAACCUGAAGCUUAACCAGAACCAAACCCCAUGAAACAGAACAACCUGAACCAGAACCCUAACCUUCUGAACCAGAACCACCUGAACCAGACCCUAACAUCAUGAAACAGAACCACCUGAACCAGAACCAUAACCCCAUGAACCAGAACCACCUGAACCAGAACCACCUGAACCAGAACCCUAACCACCUGAACCACAACCACCUAAACCACAACCUUCUCAACCAGAACCACCUGAACCAGAACCCGGAAGCUGAACGACCUGAACCAGUAUCAUCUGAUCCUGAACUACUGGAACCAGAACCGGAACUACCGUAACCUGAACUUCCAGAAUCAGAACCAAUUGGAUUCAGGUUAGUUUAUUUAUGAAGCACUGGCUCGGCCUCAGAGGGAUUCAGAUGCAAUGACAGCCGGUGCAGAGCCCGGAGAACUGGGGUCCGUUCUUCUGGUUCUGGAGAGGACUCUGGCUGAGCUGCGGUAAAACCCUGCUGCAGUAUCAAGCCCGCUAAAACCAAACUGAAGUAGAACCAGUCGAACCUGAACCUACAGAAUAAUAUUACAAUACUUCUGUCAUAUUGUGUAACGUCAUAUCCAGAACUGUGUUAUUUAUGAGUUGUUGUUGUUGUUGUUGUUGUUGUUGUUGU